AUGAAGAGGCUCCUUCUCCUGGUGCUGCUCUCAGGCUGCUGGGCUGAUCACCUUCCAGACAGCUACACUCCGGAUCAAGACAGAAUCAUUCACAUCCAAGCGGAAAAUGGCCCCCGUCUCCUUGUGGAAGCAGAACAAGCCAAAGUCUUCUCACACAGAGGUGGCAAUGUGACGCUACCGUGUACAUUUUACCGAGACCCUACAGCAUUUGGCUCAGGAAUCCACAAAAUCCGCAUCAAGUGGACCAAGCUGACUUCGGAUUACCUCAGGGAGGUGGAUGUCUUUGUUUCCAUGGGCUAUCACAAGAAGACCUACGGUGCAUAUCAGGGUCGAGUGUUUCUGAAGGGAGGUAGUGACAAUGACGCCUCCCUGGUCAUCACAGACCUCACCCUGGAAGAUUAUGGGAGAUACAAGUGUGAGGUGAUUGAAGGACUGGAAGACGAUACUGCUGUGGUAGCACUGGAGCUGCAAGGUGUAGUGUUCCCUUACUUUCCACGGCUGGGACGCUACAAUCUUAACUUCCAUGAGGCACGGCAGGCUUGCCUGGACCAGGAUGCUGUGAUUGCGUCCUUCGACCAGCUGUAUGAUGCCUGGCGAGGUGGGCUGGACUGGUGCAAUGCUGGCUGGCUCAGUGACGGAUCUGUGCAGUACCCUAUCACCAAACCACGCGAGCCCUGUGGGGGCCAAAACACAGUGCCUGGUGUCAGGAACUAUGGGUUCUGGGACAAAGAUAAAAGCAGAUAUGAUGUUUUCUGCUUUACAUCCAACUUCAAUGGCCGAUUUUACUACCUUAUCCACCCCACCAAGCUCACCUACGAUGAGGCGGUGCAAGCUUGUCUCAAUGAUGGUGCUCAGAUUGCCAAAGUGGGCCAGAUAUUUGCUGCCUGGAAUCUUCUGGGCUAUGACCGUUGUGAUGCUGGCUGGCUGGCGGAUGGCAGUGUCCGCUACCCUAUUUCUCGGCCAAGAAGGCGCUGCAGUCCUACCGAGGCGGCAGUACGUUUUGUGGGGUUCCCGGAUAAAAAGCAUAAGCUGUACGGGGUCUAUUGCUUCAGAGCAUACAACUGA